GUCUCUGCCGCGGCUACGGCCUGGGCGGACGGUGCGCCUUGCGCAGGCGCGAAGCCUAGACCUCGCUGCAGCCCCCCCCAUCGCCUCCGGGAGUCGCACCCAGGGAGGUCGCCUGCUGGCGCGUCAGUGCUCUCCCCCUCGUCUGCCCUCCCCGGUCCCCCCAGCACCCUACGCUCCCCGAUGGCGGAGUUGCGGCCUAGCGGCGCCCCCGCUCCCACCGCGCCCCCGGCCCCUGGCCCUACAGCCCCUCCGGCCUUCGCCUCGCUCUUCCCCCCGGGACUGCACGCCAUCUACGGAGAAUGCCGCCGCCUUUACCCAGACCAGCCGAACCCGCUCCAGGUUACCGCUAUCGUCAAGUACUGGUUGGGUGGCCCAGACCCCUUGGACUAUGUUAGCAUGUACAGGAAUGUGGGGAGCCCUUCGGCCAACAUCCCUGAGCACUGGCACUACAUCAGCUUUGGCCUGAGUGAUCUCUAUGGCGACAACAGAGUCCAUGAAUUCACAGGAGCAGAUGGACCUAGUGGUUUUGGCUUUGAGUUGACAUUUCGUCUGAAGAGAGAAACAGGGGAGUCUGCGCCCCCAACAUGGCCAGCAGAACUAAUGCAAGGCUUGGCCAGAUAUGUGUUCCAGUCAGAGAACACCUUCUGCAGCGGGGACCACGUGUCUUGGCAUAGCCCUUUGGAUAACAGUGAGUCGAGAAUUCAGCACAUGUUGCUGACAGAGGACCCGCAGAUGCAGCCCGUGCAGACACCGUUUGGGGUGGUUACCUUCCUCCAGAUUGUUGGCGUCUGCACCGAGGAGCUCCACGCAGCCCAGCAGUGGAAUGGGCAGGGCAUCCUGGAGCUGCUGCGGACAGUACCCAUCGCUGGCGGCCCCUGGCUGAUAACUGACAUGAGGAGGGGAGAGACCAUAUUUGAGAUCGAUCCACACCUGCAACAGGAGAGAGUUGACAAAGGCAUUGAGACGGAUGGGUCCAACCUGAGCGGUGUCAGCGCCAAGUGUGCCUGGGAUGACCUGAGCCGGCCCCCCGAGGACGACGAGGACAGCCGGAGCAUUUGCAUCGGUACUCAGCCCCGGCGGCUCUCUGGCAAAGACACGGAGCAGAUCCGGGAGACCUUGAGGAGAGGACUUGAGAUCAACAGCAAACCCGUCCUUCCGCCAAUCAACCCCCAGCGGCAGAACGGCCUCACCCACGACCGGGCCCCGAGCCGCAAAGACAGCCUGGAAAGUGACAGCUCCACGGCCAUUAUUCCCCAUGAGCUGAUCCGCACGCGGCAGCUCGAGAGCGUACAUCUGAAAUUCAACCAGGAGUCAGGAGCCCUCAUUCCUCUCUGCCUAAGGGGCAGGCUCCUGCACGGACGGCACUUUACAUAUAAAAGUAUCACAGGUGACAUGGCCAUCACCUUUGUCUCCACGGGAGUAGAAGGCGCCUUUGCCACCGAAGAGCACCCUUACGCAGCUCAUGGACCCUGGCUACAAAUUCUGUUGACUGAAGAGUUUGUAGAGAAAAUGUUGGAGGACUUGGAAGAUUUGACUUCUCCAGAGGAAGUAAGCUGUUUGAUUCUCUCUGACGGCAGGUUCCAGUCUCCAGGAGCGUGUGUGUGUGUGUGUGUGUGCGCGCGUGUGCGUGUGCGUGUGUGUGUGUGUGUGUGUGUGUGUGUGUGUGUGUGUGUCUGACGUGUGGAGAUAGGCUGGAAAGGAGAUGUUAAAUGACUUUACUUCUCUUCCCUGAACCACCCCCUACCCCACCGCCAGCCCUUGUAAGGACACCCAGCAAAUUGUCUGAAUUGCCAACUCCUGAGAACCUCAUUGAAGAGGCAGCCAGGGCCUUCAGGCUCCUCAUUGAGGAGCACAGAGUUCUCCUCAGUCCCUGCUGUUCCCUGGCAGGUUCUGAACAGAAAGCCCACGCCUGCUGCCAGAGAACAUUCCACGGGAGAGUUCUGGUGGGCAGCGAGGGACUCCUGCUCUUGCCUCAGGCCACCCAGGAGCCACUCUCCUUCCUCCCUUCUCUGGCCAUGAGCUCUCCCCUCUGGUCCAUCUCUUCCAGCCCUAGCCAAGCUGGCGGGCCAGGUGGGGGCCUGUGCUUUCCCUGGCUGUUCUGCUGGGGUAUAGGAAUGGAGCCCAUAAUCCCCUUUGUUUUUCUUCCUUGUUCCCAGCAUCCUCAUUUGUGGGGAUUUACCUCAUCCUGGAAAGUCCCUUCCCCUCCCCCGGCCUCCUACCAAGCAGCACCCCAGGGUUGAGCCUUCCUGGCCUCAGUGCCCUGCCCGAUAGGUUAAUGGAACAUUAACAAAGCUGGCUGUCCUCCUGCUCUUCUGGGCCUCCCCUGCCCCGGGGCAGAGACCCUUCCUUCGUCCUUUGUGCCAGGAAGUGUGUUUGGGGGAGAGCGCCUUCACCUCCCAGGGGCCAGGCUUCCAAGCUAGAGCGAAGUCAGGCAGGAGCCAGCUUUCAGCCAGGGCUGGAGCUUCCAGUUGCCGGGGCUUCCAGGGCCGAGUCAGCCAGGACACGGAGGCCUCCGACAGACGUCCACGGGGCGGAGGACAGUGCACAGGGCAGGACUGGCCCGUCCAGGUCUCCAGGUGAACAGGAAGUCCUCAGAGCCUGAGGUCACCCCCAAAGGGAUAGUGUCUUCUCUCUCCUCUGGGAUGUGGCUUGGUAAAUUAACUCAUUUAUACGUUCAGAAGUCACCAAGUACCCAGUCUGUGCCGGCCAGUCAACCCCCGCAAGUCACCGGUCCCUGAAGCCUGGCUCCCAUUCAGUCAGACCAGAGCCAGCUGCCCAGAAGUGCUUCCGGAGAGGCCAUGUCGCACAGGGACGGCACCAUGCCAGACUGCUGCUUUCAGCUCGGGUGCUGAGGGGGUGGAAGGGGGGUAGUCCAGGCAGGAGGGACAGGAGCCAGGAGGAGCUUAGGAAAGUAGGUCACUAAAAAUGACUUUUUUUUUCUUUCCUGUCCAGAGGCUGUCCCCACACCCUGCCCUACUCUCCACUUUGGUCCUGGCUUGGACAGUCCCCCAUCAGAGGGAGGGAGAGGGAGCCAGCCAGGAAGUGUCAGGCCCACCCACUGCCAGCACCAGCUCUAGGCAGGCUGAAGGCCCUGCUCUUCCCUCCUUCCCAGCCUGGCCUGCCUUCUUGCCUGGCCCCCGGGGCAGCUGGAGUCAUAAAAGGCAGACCCUGCUCCUAAAUCGCGGAGCAUCUAUGAGCACCAUAGGACCCAUGCAGGGUCCUAGCAUACACAAGGAAUAAGAUAGGUCAGCCUCUUCCCUUACCCCCACCAGAAGCUCGAGAAACACAACUGUAGGCAAAUCAGUGAUUCCGGGGAGUCGGGUAGGAAGACCUUGGGCUCCCCUUGGCCACUGCUGGCACCUCUCUCAGGCUGGUAACCCUGGGAAGGAGGUGAGAAUGAACAAGGGGGAGCAGGAUGGGGGUUUACUCCACUCGAGAAUGCACCAGGCCCAAGAAAUCACCUUAAGCCACACUAGCCGUGCUUCUCGGCACCCACCGAGGCCGAGCCAGGACCUCCUUCUCUGGGGACCCUUUGGCAAAGGCUACAGAGGGCCAGUUCCAGCGUUCUUCCCCACCAGCCUCAGAAAGAAGCCAUGGCAGGGACAGGACCGCAGAUUUCCAGACCUCAAGCCACUUCCCUGUAGCAUCUGCACCCUCCCCUGCCCCCCAUCCUCUAGCCCCUGGGCCUCAGGGAGCAGAUUCCUUACAUGCUUGAGGCAGAACCAAGGAAGUGAGCUGGAGGGAGGUCAGCACAGUCAAGAAAGUGUUAGAAAACAAGCCUCCUCCAACCCCAGUUAAUUAUUGGCAGGGCAAGGGGAAAGGAGGGGUCAGCGAACUCCAGCAGCUUGACCCCAGCCGCCCACCUGGGUCUAGCAUUGGUGACUGAAGCCAGGCAACCAGUGGCCUGUCUUGCCCCCAGCACCCAGGGGACGGGGCCUCGGUGAGGGUCCUGGCCUCUCUCUAGGCAGCGUGGGAAGAAGGCAGAGGGUUCUGCUAACCAUGUAUACUCUGGCUCUGUGCUUGUUCCCCCU